GCGGCUCGACUCGUAUUCCACCCCCCGACACCGCCGUCGCCUCGCCUCCUCCGGCACUCGCCGCCGCCGUCUCGGGGUCCCGCGUCUCCUCCGCUCUUCCGUCUCACGAGGGCUCUCCCAGACGAAGGAGCAGCGGCAGGCGGGGACGGCACCUGCGAUGACGAGGGGAGACGGCGCGAACGGCGGCGGCGGUGGCGCCGGAGGGCAGCAGAAGGGGGCGGGGAAGCUCCCCCGGAAGCGGUUCUACCGGGCGCGCGCGCACAGCAACCCGCUCAGCGACUCGCACUUCCCGGUCCCGAUAUCGCCCGACGAGGUGGACCUCUCGCAGCACUAUCCUCGGUACUUCCCCUCCGACGAGGGCGAAGGCCGCCAGGGCGAUGCGGCGGCGUCACGGAUCCGCUUCGCGGACGUCGGGUGUGGGUUUGGCGGGCUGCUCGUUGGGCUCUCCACGCUCUUCCCUGACACACUCAUGAUCGGCAUGGAGCUGAGGGACAAGGUGACCGAAUAUGUCAAAGAAAGGAUUUUGGCUUUGCGAGCAUCGAAUCCAGGACAGUAUGACAACAUAUCUGUUGUGCGCACCAAUUCGAUGAAAUACAUCCCAAACUAUUUCAGGAAGGCUCAGCUUUCGAAAAUGUUCUUCCUGUUCCCUGAUCCUCACUUCAAGGAGAAGAACCACCGGCGAAGGGUGAUCAGCAUGCAGCUGCUUGAUGAGUAUGCUUAUGUGAUGGAAGUGGGAGGAAUCAUAUAUACCAUUACAGAUGUAGAGGAGCUUGGAGAAUGGAUGCGGUCAUGUCUGGAGAAACACCCGCUAUUCGAAGCUAUCCCCGAGGAAGAGAUAAAAGCAGACCCAGUUGUUAAGUUACUGUCUACUGCCACUGAAGAAGGCCAGAAGGUUGCAAGAAAUGGAGGUCAGACUUUCCAGGCCAUCUUUAGACGCAUCCCCUUGCAAGAGGAAUAGGCCAUUGCAAUUUCCUAGACCGCACUGUAUGGAUUUGUGUCACUUCUACAAAUUUAUGCUGCAUGAUUUUUGCUGUUUAAGGUGUACUAUUUAGUUCUUACCAUAGUCUACUUCAUAUGCUCUGUGUUGGAAGUUCCAAGCCUUAUUAAUUUUACCUCCCUUACCGUAUCUAGUCGUGUGAUGGUUUCGUGUUAGAGCAUCCCUAAGGCAUGUUCAACAGUAGAGUUCAUUGUGAGCUCUAUCUCAAGCUAUGUAGCCAUGUCAGUAAUGAGAGUUUAUUUUAAAAUGAUACAAAGAUAGAGUCAGGAGUGGUCUCUUCAUUAAUGUAAUAAA